GGCAAGCUAUGUGUGUUGGAGGUUGAGGAUAUCUCCUUCUAGAGGUAUAGAUGGGGGGGAUGUGACACAUACGCAGCAGGUCUAUGGCCGUGCUUGGCUUAAUAUUGAUGCACACUGGGUAUAUGCUGAGGAUACAAUUGACAUCGCAGAGGGAAGACUUUGACCGGGGCUCGAGGACGGAUUGGAAACUGAUCAGCAGCAAUGAUGUUCUUUGGGAGGUCUAUGUUCUGAUGAGGUCUGCAGCAGAGAGGGUGUUGAGGCAGUUGCAAGAGCACCCUGACUCGUGGACACGAGUUGUGUCAAUCCUGCAAAACAGUGCUAACACAAACACCAAAUUUUUUGCUCUUCAGGUUUUGGAGGGAGUUAUCAAGUACAGAUGGAAUGCAUUGCCUGUCGAGCAAAGAGAGGGUAUCAAGAAUUUCAUCUCAGAUCUGAUUGUAAUGCUCUCACGAGACGAAACCAGUUUCCGAAGGGAGCGCCUCUAUGUCAACAAACUGAACGUCAUAUUAGUACAGGUUGUGAAGCAUGAGUGGCCUCAUAGGUGGCCCAGGUUCAUUCCGGAUCUGGUUGCAGCGUCCAAGAGUAGCGAGACUCUCUGUGAGAACUGCAUGGUCAUUCUUAAGCUGCUUAGCGAGGAGGUCUUUGAUUUCUCCAGAGGGGAGAUGACUCAACAGAAGAUAAAAGAGCUGAAGAAUUCGUUGAACAGCGAGUUUCAGCUUAUCCAUGAACUCUGUCUGUAUGUACUGGCGGUAUCAACGAGACCGGAGUUAACACGGGAGACUUUGUCCACUCUCCACGCAUUCUUGUCGUGGAUUCCACUUGGCUACAUUUUUGAAUCGACAUUGCUGGAGACUCUCCUCAACUUGUUCCCAUCUGCGGCGUAUCGGAACUUGGCACUGAAGUGCCUCACUGAGGUUGCUUCACUCACCUGUAAUGGGGACUUCUACAACCAGCACUUUGUGAAGUUGUACACAGUCUUCAUGGUGCAGUUGCAGAUGGUUCUUCCUCGUGGAACUGCUCUGGCAACUGCAUACGAGAAGGGGUCCGAUGAAGAUCAGGCAUUCAUUCAGAACUUGGCUCUGUUUUUCACCGCCUACUUCAAGGCGCAUAUCACACUUUUGGAGCCCUAUGUUGAGAACCGGGAAGCUCUUCUUGCGGGACUGGAUUGUCUCAUCGACAUCUCCUACGUGGAGGAAACGGAGCUGUUCAAGGUGUGUCUGGACUACUGGAACUUCUUUGUCGGUGAUCUGUAUCAGUCAGAGUGCAGUAUGAUCGACUCUGCUGUUCCAGGGCUGCGGGUGAAUGCCCCAAUUGGUGAUGGUGUUGCUGCCCCAGUGCCAUCGGCAAGGAAAGAGCUGUACAAAGUUCCGCUUUCGAAGCUGCGGUUGUUGAUGAUAAGCCGAAUGGCCAAACCAGAGGAGGUGUUGAUUGUGGAAGAUGAGGAUGGGAAUAUAGUGCGGGAGACCAUGAAAGACAAUGAUGUAUUAGUCCAGUACAAGAUCAUGCGGGAGACAUUAAUCUACUUAUCAAACUUGGACCAUGCAGAUACUGAAGAGCAGAUGAUUAGCAAGCUUGCUCUUCAGCUGAAUGGGAAAGAAUGGUCCUGGAAUAAUCUCAACACUCUCUGCUGGGCAAUCGGAUCUAUAUCUGGCUCGAUGGGUGAAGAUCAGGAGAACCGCUUCCUUGUCCAUGUUAUUCGAGAUCUCCUGAACCUCUGUGAGAUGACGAGGGGGAAGGACCACAAGGCAGUGAUUGCAAGCAACAUCAUGUAUGUUGUUGGACAGUACCCAAGGUUUCUGAGAGCGCACUGGAAAUUCUUGAAAACUGUCGUCACCAAACUCUUCGAAUUCAUGCAUGAGACGCAUCCGGGUGUACAGGACAUGGCGUGCGAUACGUUUUUGAAGAUUGUGCAGAAAUGCAAACGGAAGUUCGUUCAGGAGUCUGAGCCGUUCAUUUCAGAACUGCUGAAGGCCCUGUCGACAACAAUUUUGGACUUACAGAAUCAUCAAAUUCAUACAUUCUAUGAAGCAGUCGGCUAUAUGAUCCAAGCUGAGACUGACCCUCAAAAGCGGGAGGAAUUGAAUGCUGAACAUGCCUACUGUGGGCCUGUUUGUGGUUAUCAGAGAUGGUCUGAAAUUAUCAAUCAAGCAAGAACGAGUGUGGAUUUUUUGAAGUCGCCAGAGGUUGUUCGAGCAAUUUUGAAUAUUCUUCAGACGAAUACCAGUGCGGCAAGCUCAUUAGGGCAACCCUUCCUCUCACAGCUUAGUCUCAUCUAUCUGGACAUGCUCAAUGUAUACAGGAUGUACAGCGAGCUGAUCAGCUCAACCAUUGCGGAAGGUGGGCCUUAUGCAUCAAGAAGUUCUUUUGUCAAAUUGCUUAGGUCAGUGAAGAAGGAGACCUUGAGGUUGAUUGAAACAUUUGUUGACAAGGCAGAUGAUGUUGGCCUGAUUGCCAAGCAGUUUGUACCUGCAAUGAUGGACCCAAUUCUCGGGGAUUAUGCGAGGAAUGUCGCUGAUGCUCGGGAGUCGGAAGUGCUGUCUCUGUUUGCAUGCAUCAUCAAUAAGCUGAAAGGAGCAAUGCUAGAAGAGAUUCCUCGAGUUUUUAAGGCAGUCUUUGAGUGCACGCUCGAUAUGAUAACCAAGAACUUUGAGGACUACCCGGAGCAUAGAUUGAAGUUUUUCUCUUUGCUGAGAGCUAUUUCUAAUCACUGCUUCACUGCCCUCUUCACUCUCUCCAGCCAGCAAUUGAAAUUGGUAAUGGAUUCCAUCGUGUGGGCAUUCCGGCAUACGGAGAGAAACGUUGCGGAGACCGGUCUAAACCUCCUCCUCGAGCUCUUGAGUAACUUCCAGACGUCUGAAUUCGCCAACCAAUUCCAUCAGACGUACUUCCUGAUGAUCGUACAGGAGAUUUUUGCAGUACUGACGGAUACGUUUCACAAGCCUGGGUUCAAGCUCCACACCCUCAUUCUUCAACACCUCUUCUGUCUGGCGGACUCUGAGGUGUUAACGCAACCAUUGUGGGACGUCAGCGCACUAGGAAUAGGGGCUUACCCGAACAAUGCCGCGUUUGUAAAAGACUACACAAUCAAGCUCCUAACCACAUCCUUCCGCAACAUGACCGCUGCUGAGGUCACAAUGUUUGUCAAUGGUGCCUUUGAGGCGAAGCAGGAUCUGGCGACCUUCAAGGUUCAUCUCCGGGACUUCCUGGUCCAGUCUAAGGCAUUCUCAUCGCAGGAUAACAAGGAGCUGUAUGCAGAGGAGGCAGCUGCACAAAGGGAGGUGGAGAGACAGCGGAUGCUCUCCAUUCCUGGGCUGAUUGCUCCCAACGAGCUGCAGGAUGACAUGACUGACCUAUGAUAAUGGUUUUGGCACAACAGGUAUCUUACUUGAGAAUAGGAUGGAGGAUCUUCUUCCUCCUACUACAUUUCAUCGCAUUCCUGAUGUUGUGUGCUAUCCUGGAGAGAGUAGCCAGGAGGGGCUAUAGGCACCCCUUGUAGUAUUCUCGAAUACAGGAUGUUUUCGUCAUGUUUCUGUUAGGGCGAGGAAGCGCAACGAGUGUGGUCGUGAUGUAUGUCCCUUCAGGAUUGUCCAUCUUCCUGAUGGCCAUAGACAGUGCUACCCGUUGUGAGCGCCCUUGGCAGGAAGUGAUGUUUUAUCUAUCAGAGCUUCAUGGGUCGCUGGCGCAAACUGACGGGCAUGGAGGAUUUCAGCCGGUGGCCAUGUUGUCUCAUUGCCAGCAUGUGUGCAUGGUCUCUAUGGGUGCAUAGUAUUUUUCAGAAAGAAGUCAAGUAAGGACUUGGACCCUUUCACAUUUUUCUGUAUUGUGCAUACAGCUGUGUAGCUUACAGAGCAAUUGGUGUAGAAGAAUGUGUAUUUUCCAUUGAUUUGAGGAAGGCAACCGGGAUUAACCACCUCCCCCCCCUCAUGACCGGGGGGGGGGGGGGGGUGUUGCAAGGACUGGACGGUUUGACUAUGCACAAUUUGACCGUGCCAAGUUUGGUGUGUGUACUCGUAGAGGGCUGAAGUUGGCUUGUUCCAGUUUGAAGAGUGGUGAUCGUUUGCUGCAGCUGGAGUUUGGUCGAGGAGCACGAAGUGAAACCAAGCAGGGAUAGGAGCGGGGCAGAAGCCACGGAGUAGUGAGAGAUGAGAGAGAGAGACCGUAUCAUGUCCAUUAUGCUGGCGUAAUGAAGACUGCGAAGUGAAAAUGCGUAGAGUGAAAGGUAGGCCGCUAUCGGUUCCUUUAUUUUGUGGGUCUGGAGGGUCUGGAGCAGAAUGUGUGUGGAGUAGGUAGGUAGGUAGAACAGUGUAGAGUGUAGAUCGACUGACAAUUUAGCUUGAAGAGGCACUAAUUUUCUAAUCGGAUCGCCCAGCACUGUGUGAGUUGAGAUGCUGGUGCGACAGUUUCCAUCGCUAGACAUGUCUCCUUUCUUUUGUGACGACAUGAGCGAAUCGGUAGAUGGGUGAUUCGUGAUUGGGAUUGCUGUCGACCCCCGUAACAGCCAUGGGAGGAGAGGGUUAUGCCGUCGUCUUGUGGAGGACCAAGGAAUUGUAGUUGUUCGGCUUUGGGGGGGAUGGCAUCGAAAGAAGAAGAAGAGAGCACUUGUGCACAGAGGGACGGCUGGAAUGGUGGUGGGUGUACAGGAGAGAGCACUGGCAAGGUCAGUGCAAUGGGGCUCUAAAGGUUGAGCAGCAUGGAUGAAAAGGGGUCCAGAAGAUGGAGCUUUGUGGCUUAAGCAAGAGUAUGAAGAGAAGUCACUGUGAAGGGGUGUUAUCAUUGCAGUUCCUUGGGGCUGCCUCUCUGAAAUGCUUUGAUGUUGGAAAUAAUGCCAAUUUACACCCCUCUCGCAGUUGCUUCCUUUCUCUGUGGUUCUGUCUCCGCCUUUCAGUUUACAACACCCUGCGGUGUGGCUUUUUUGUGGUUAUAAUGGUCUAGCUGCCACCAAUGUUAGUGUCGCGGCUUAAAAUAAUGUGCCGACCGGC